CUCCAGCAGUGCGGCUGCCUGGCCCCAGCGCUGCCUGCCAGGUUUCCCUAGCAAUGGGCCAUGCCGUAUGGCGCGGCGGCCUCCUCCCCAGGCCGGCCAGCCUCCCGCCUGCCUGCCUGCCUCCCGCCAGCCUCCUGCCUGCUUCCCGCCUGCCUGCGCCGCCUUCCUCCGCGGCCCUCCCCGAGGCAGCCCAUGGCUGGACCCUGCCCGGCACGGCUGCAGGGUGAAGCAGCUGCCUUCACCGCCGCCCUCCGCACCCUGGUCAACAACCCUCAGUUCAGUGACGUGACGUUCGUGGUGGGCCAGGAGCAGCAGAAGGUGUUUGCGCACCGCUGUGUGCUGGCGUGCCGCUGCCAGGCUUUCCGGGGAAUGUUCGGCCAGGGUCUGGGCAGCGAGGAACCCCCCGGAAGUGUCCCACCCCAGGGCCCCUUCAUCCUGGGCAACGUGCAGCCCGAGGUCUUCCUCGCCGUCAUUGAAUUCCUCUACACCAACAGUGUCACCCUUAACAGCCACAUAGCACUGGAGGUGCUGACCUCAUCCGUGGAGUAUGGCCUGCAGGACCUGUGCAAGCUCUGCGUCAAGUUCAUCAAGGACACACUCAGUGUGGAUCAGGUCUGCGAAGCUCUGCAGGCUGCGGUGACCUACGGGCAGGCAGACCUCCAGCAGCACUGCCUGGCCUUCAUCGAGGGCUGCACUGCGGCAGUGGUGCGGACACAGGGCUUCCACGAGCUCUCUGAUGUGGUGUUAGCACGGGUGCUGCGCAGCGACCGCCUGGCGAUGGAUGAGCUGGACCUGGUGGAGGCCGUGCGGGAGUGGGCACAUGUCAGCUCAGCCGUCUUGGAGCGCCCAGUGCCAGAGGUGGCUGCCCUGCCUGUGCAGGAGCUGCGCCUGCCCUUGCUGGCACCUAGCGAGCUGUCGACACUGGAGAGCCACAACCAGCGGGACCUGCUCAUCCCGGUGGAGAGCAUCGCGGCAGCCUGGCGGACCCACGCGCUGAGGAAGGGCAGCGGGGUGCCCUCCCACCUCUGCCGGCCCCGGCGUGGCACGCGGCCCCGCGACCACCACCGCCACCUGGACCCACAUGCCAAGUAGGUCCCCCAGCUUGACCGGGGGGCUCAGGCAGUGGCAGCGCCCCCCCGGCCAGGUGCUGCGCAGUGGGGCAGGCUGCUGGGCUGGGCACUGCCAGAGGAGCUGCCGCAGCCAAGAGCAUCAAUAAAGCUCUUUGCCCCAUGCCAUGGCUUCGGGGUCAGGGUGCUCAGGUCACCCCAAAAAGGGGUGCGGGGACUUGGGGGGUGGUGGUGUUGGAGCUGGGCCACGGGAUCGGUGCGAGGACGCCCCGGCGCUGCAGCAUUCGCACACAGCCCGGGCGGUGACCCCAGGUGUGGCGGGGCUGCAGGGUCCCUUGAGGGAUGCGGGCACAGGGUGAGCUCCCCCUUUCCCAGCCCCACCGCCGGCCCCCAGCCGAGCCCUGUGCCGGGGCCCUUCCCCGGGGCCGUGCUGCCCUCCCCCGGCAGCGGGGCCGUGCUGCAGCCGGCAGCGAGCGCUGGCACCGACCGGGGCGCGGGCGCAACCCUCCACCCCACGGCAGCGGUCGGGAAGGGGCUGAGUGGGCGGGGAGAGGGGAGACCCCCCCCGGGCUCUCUGCACGCACCCAGCACCGCUGCACCAACGCCAGUGACCCCCAGCCCGAGCCCUGCCAGCAGCCCCUUGUAGCCCCGGGGCUGGGGGGCAGGCUGCCAGGCCCCCCCCCCCCCAUAUUCUUACACACCUUUCCUUAGUGUGCACAAUCCCUCGCACACCCCAUAUUGCUUGUGCACACACAGCUGGUUCUGUCUCAAGCAGCACCCUGCUCCCCCAGCUGUGCCCCCCCAGGAAAAAGGGUUGGACAAGGCAGGUAAUUUAUAUAUAAUAUAUAUAUUUACUCUUUAAAA